GCCGCGCAGGAACGGCGCCAUGUUUGCGCCUGGCGCCCCGAAGCCGCAGCCGGAAGGGAUCUUAUAGCCCGAAGAUAAGAUGGCGGCCGGCGUCGUCGUCCCGGAAGCGGAAGGCGCUGCGGCCCCUCACGGAAGGGGAGCGGGGCGGCCCGCCGCGGAGUUGAGGGGAGCUGUUUAGCGGCGGCCAUGGCGAACCGGACGGUGAAGGACGCGCACAGCAUCCACGGCACUAACCCGCAGUACCUGGUGGAGAAGAUCAUCCGCACCCGCAUCUACGAGUCCAAGUACUGGAAGGAGGAGUGCUUCGGCCUGACGGCCGAGCUGGUGGUGGACAAGGCCAUGGAGCUGAAGUACGUGGGGGGCGUUUAUGGCGGGAACAUUAAGCCUACGCCCUUCUUGUGCUUGACGCUGAAGAUGCUGCAGAUCCAGCCCGAAAAGGACAUCAUCGUGGAGUUCAUAAAAAACGAGGACUUCAAGUAUGUCCGAAUGCUUGGUGCGUUGUACAUGAGAUUGACAGGCACUGCCAUUGACUGCUACAAGUAUCUUGAACCACUGUACAAUGACUAUCGAAAAAUAAAAAGUCAGAACAGAAAUGGGGAAUUUGAACUGAUGCACGUGGAUGAAUUUAUUGAUGAACUACUCCAUGAGGAACGUGUUUGCGACAUCAUUCUGCCUCGAUUACAGAAACGAUACGUUCUGGAAGAAGCUGAGCAACUCGAGCCUCGUGUUAGUGCUUUGGAAGAAGACAUGGAUGAUGUAGAAUCUAGUGAGGAGGAAGAAGAGGAAGAUGAAAAGCUGGAACGAGCACCCUCUCCUGACCACCGCAGAAGAGGCUACAGAGACCUUGAUAAACCUCGCAGAUCUCCAGCUGUGCGAUACAGGCGGAGCCGAAGCAGGUCUCCAAGAAGGCGAAGCCGCUCUCCAAAGAGAAGAAGUCCAUCACCACGCCGGGAGAGGCAUCGCAGCAAAAGCCCAAGACGACACCGGAGCAGAUCCAGGGAGAGGCGCCACAGAUCAAGAUCUAAAUCUCCAGGGCAUCAUCGUAGUCACAGACACAGAAGUCAUUCCAAAUCACCUGAAAGAUCUAAGAAAAGUCACAAGAAGAGUCGGCGAGGAAAUGAGUAACAAACUAAAUCCAGCACACAGUUUAAGGACCUUGAACUGCAGUCUAAUGCUGUCCUAUUUGCUUUACGGGACGGCUGGAUAUGUACUGGCUGCUUUAGCAGUCUAUUUCUUUAAUCCUUCUCUUGUACAAGUCUUGUUUGUUUGGUUUUUUUAAUUAAAAGAAAGCUAAGGAUACUUUUUAUGUAGUUAGUUACUCAUCCUGGCAAUUGAUAGAAUUUGAGGAUUGUUUUUUAAAUUGUUUUUCUCAAGGCCUGUAAAAACUAGUGAAGAGCAAUAAAAAAAGGGGGCGGUUUGUCUUUAAA